AGCCGGGGGCGUCAGGCUCUGUGUUGGUAGGAGGGAGCAUGUGGGUCUGCGGCACGCUGUGGUGGGUGCGAACCCCCGGCCGGCUGUGGCGGAGGCUGCUCCCUGCUUCUGGCUGUCACGGACCUGCCGCCUCCUACUACUCUGCAUCCGCCGCGCCUGCCCGGGUCCCGGCGCUUGUCUAUGGGCACCACGGGGAUCCAGCCAAGGUCGUCGAAUCCGUUAUUCCUGGGCACACGUGGCAGCUCAGAAAUCUUGGCUGACCUACUUUGGGGAGAUGAUUGGAGCGAAACGCCCAAUCUAGCCUGGGUGACAUGAACAUCUCCCUUUGGCUUUGUGCUUAGACUGAAGAACCUGGAGCUAGCUGCUGUGGGAGGAUCAGACGUCCUCGUGAAGAUGCUGGCGGCCCCUAUCAAUCCAUCUGACAUAAAUAUGAUCCAAGGAAACUACGGCCUCCUUCCUGAACUGCCUGCUGUUGGAGGGAACGAAGGUGUUGCCCAGGUGGUAGCGGUGGGCAGCAGUGUGACCGGGCUAAAGCCAGGAGACUGGGUGAUUCCUGCAAAUGCUGGUUUGGGAACCUGGCGGACCGAGGCCGUGUUCAGCGAGGAAGCACUGAUCCAAGUUCCGAGUGACAUCCCUCUUGAGAGUGCUGCCACCCUGGGUGUCAACCCCUGCACAGCCUACAGGAUGUUGAUGGACUUCGAGCAGCUGCAGCCAGGGGAUUCUGUCAUCCAGAAUGCAUCCAACAGUGGAGUGGGCCAAGCGGUCAUCCAGAUCGCCGCAGCUCUGGACCUAAGAACCAUCAAUGUGGUCCGAGACAGACCUGAUAUCCAGAAGCUGACUGACAGACUGAAGAGUCUGGGGGCUGAGCAUGUCAUCACAGAAGAGGAGCUAAGAAGGCCAGAAAUGAAAAACUUGUUUAAGGACAUGCCCCAGCCACGCCUUGCUCUCAACUGUGUCGGUGGGAAAAGCUCCACAGAGCUGCUGCGGCAGUUAGCGCGUGGAGGAACCAUGGUAACCUAUGGGGGAAUGGCCAAGCAGCCCGUCAUAGCCUCUGUGAGCCUGCUCAUUUUUAAGGAUCUCAAACUUCGGGGCUUUUGGUUAUCCCAGUGGAAGAAGGAUCACAGUCCAGACCAGUUCAAGGAGCUGAUCCUCACACUGUGCGAUCUCAUCCGCCAAGGCCAGCUCACGGCCCCUGCCUGCUCCCAGGUCCCGCUGCAGGACUACCAGCGUGCCUUGGAAGCCUCCAUGAAGCCCUUUGUGUCUUCAAAGCAGAUUCUCACCAUGUGAUCAUCCCAAAAGAGCUGGAGUGACAUGGGAGGGAAGGAAGAUCCAAGGGGCUGGGUGCAGGCCCCUCAAUCGGAGCUCUCACCUUCCCCAGACUACUGCCCUCCUCACUGCCUCUUCCAAUUAGGAGGAUAGUGAAGCCAGCCACAGUUUUCCCCAGGGCCAGCCUUAAGGUAUCUAAUAAAGUCUAAACUCUUCCCCUCCAAAAA